AUGACCUUGAUUGGUCUCACCACACCGCCAGCGGAAGCAACUGAUGCUAAACCAAUCGUUCGCACCGAGCGCGGCUGGAAUCUGGAAGACUUUUGCUCGGACUGGGACCACCUCUCGGAUACGGCUCGCUCGACUAUAAAGCUUACCCUAUCGGUUGACCUAUCCAUCCGAUAUCGCAACUUGAAACCAGCAAGUAAAUUGUACAAUACGAUUUGUGAAGCCUACGAAAAGAACACUCGGGCUCGUCGACUUGCCCUCGAGGAUGCUUUUUGGACAGCUAAACACGAUCCAAAUAUCCCUAUCGCCAAGUGGAUAGCUCGUAUUCGUAAUGCUGCAACCGGUCUGGCCACGGUCAAACUUACUCGAACCCUGUGCCCCUCAACAGUACUUUCACCCGUGAUUCAGAGCACUUCUUCUCUUUCCCUUGUAAUAUUCUGGAACUUAUAA